CAGGACAUCUUUAAGUGGAAGUGGAUUGUUUGUGGUAAAACCUCAGUGUACUACCGUGUGGGCGGAGUUUGUACUUAAGACUCCGCCCCUCGUGUCGGGGCCGCGCGUUGAAGCGGGCACGCGUCAAACAACAUUGCGGAAAGGAAUUGAAGAAAAGAAAGCAGUCAAAAGGAUAACAUAAAUUGUUACGUUUCCGGUUUAUAUAACAACAACCUGUGAUUAUAUACACUUUUAUUAGUUUCGUAAGACGUUUCAUUAGACAGGACAUCUUUAAAUGGACUGUCUGUGGUGAAUAUUGACCCCAGGCGCAUCGCCUUUUGGAGAGCUGAACUGGAUGUCUAAUUUGUUUCAAAUUAAAAAUACGAAAAUCCUGCUUCCAUGCAAACGAGUGUCGGAAGCCAUGAAGUAUCCGGGCCGACGCUGCAAAGAAGGGGCUCCUUCUCUCUCUUCUCAUCGACGGAGAGGUGGAUUUUCACAGGGAAAAAGAGGAAGCAAAGGAAAAGAGACGUGGACUCGCUCAGUCUCUGCAGUCUGGACAUCAAUGAGCCUAGCAACAAGCGAGCGAAGCCUCUGUCUCGAGUCACCUCGCUGGCUAACCUCAUCCCACCGGUGAAAGCUGCUCCACUGAAGCGUAUCGGACAGACGCUGCAGCGCUCCAUCAGCUUCCGCAGUGAAAGCAGGACGGAGAUCAUGCCUCCUCGGCCAUGGAGCAGACAGGCACCGGCGGCCAACACCAAGCGCAGAGACAGCAAGCUGUGGAGUGAGACCUUCGAUGUAGGACUGGGACAAAUGCUGUCCUCUAAGGAGAUAAAAAGGCAGGAGGCCAUUUUUGAGCUGUCUCAAGGAGAGCAGGACCUGAUUGAAGACCUCAAGCUGGCCAAAAAGGCCUACCAUGACCCUAUGCUGAAGCUCUCCAUUAUGACAGAACAUGAACUCAAUCAGAUAUUCGGCACCCUGGAUUCCCUCAUCCCACUGCACGAAGAUCUGCUGAGUCGACUCAGAGAGGCCAGGAAACCCGAUGGCUCUACAGACCACGUGGGACACAUUUUAGUGAACUGGCUGCCCUGUCUGGACUCCUACAACAGCUACUGCAGUAACCAGGUGGCUGCAAAAGCCUUACUGGACCAUAAAAAGCAGGACCACCGAGUACACGACUUCCUGCAGCGCUGUCUGGAGUCGCCCUUCAGUCGCAAACUGGACCUGUGGAACUUUCUGGACAUCCCACGCAGCCGGCUUGUCAAAUAUCCACUGCUGCUACGUGAGAUUCUCAAACACACACCUAACGACCACCCGGAUCGGCAGCAUCUGGACGAGGCUAUCCACAUGAUCCAGAGCAUCGUGGCCGAGAUCAACAUCAAGACGGGCGAGUCAGAGUGCCGUUAUUAUAAAGAGCGUCUGCUCUACCUGGAGGAGAGCCAGAGAGACCUUCUGAUCGACAGCUCUCGCAUUCUCAGCUGCCACGGAGAGCUAAAGAACAACAGAGGAGCUAAGCUACACGUGUUCCUGUUCCAGGACGUGUUGGUGAUCACGCGGGCCGUAACCCAUAACGAGCAGCUCUGCUAUCAGCUCUACCGGCAGCCCAUCCCGGUGCGGGACCUUGAAUGGGAGGACCUGCAGGACGGCGAGAUCCGCCUGGGCGGCUCCAUCAGAGGGGCUUUCAGCAACACCGAGAGGACCAAGAACUUUUUCCGGGUGACGUUCCGCAGUGGAGGUCAGCUCCAGUCGCACUCCUUCCAAGCCAGCGACACCUUCAACAAGCAACAGUGGCUGAACUGCAUAAGGCAGGCUAAAAUAGCGACCGGCUCUCAGCCUUCCCAGCACACGGCUCCCGCUCAGGACAAAACCGAGGAGCGCAUGGACCAAAGCGACAGCGACUGCUCAGACUGUAGCAUGGACACUAGCAAUCCCGGUGCUGAGGCUGGAACGCAGCUGAUGGAGCACGCACACGUGGACGUGUGAACACCGCGCUGUCAUUGUAACGUGAUCGGACAUCUGCAAUCAUCUCCGCUCACCAAGCCGACCUGUACAGUAUUGUCAUGGAGAAGCCAUCUGUACUUUCAGUAGAAGCCACAGAAUAGAGAGAGCACUACUUUUUUUUUUUCCCCCCACCACUACUUUAUGUUCAUGUCUCUUUCUACCUGUCUUUCUCUCUCUGUGGUGCAUUCUGUCGCACUCCCAACUGUGAAACUGUGUCAGGUUUCCUGUCGUAUGAACGGGACUCGGGUGAAGAGAGGACUCACUAAUUUGUCAUUCCUCAUAGAGCGAACUAAAAGUGGCCCUCUGAGGAGAGGAAAGUUUCCACGCUGAAAGACGCAUCAUAUUUAUGUCCACGUACUGUGUUAUGUCUGCGAUAACCACCCAGACAAAACGACCAGAGGAAUGUUUUCACGACAAUCAAGAAGUUUUGGUGGCUCACAGUGUUGUAAAGCCUAAAGGGUCAUAUUGACGUUUCUGCAGUUAUUCGAGACCGAUCUUGAAGUUCUCGAGGUCAUGGAUGCUUUCCGUGCUCACAAACACAAGACAUGAGGAGAGUGAAGCCAGAACCGUGCAGCUUUUAUGAUGACCGUGAUUCUAGACGUCUUGUGUAUGUGUAUCCAUCCCGACGUUGGAGCGCAGACAAACUGUGUCCACAUGUUGUACAAAAAAAAAAAGCUGUUUGUACGUUUAAUGAACUAAAAGUUAUAGCUGUCAUGCUGUUUCUCACGCAGACUAGGUUUUAAUUAGAAGAGCUGAAUCCAGCUAGAAAAUGGAGGUUAAUUUCAUUAAAGCACUUUGAUUGAGAAUAAAAAAUAUUAGCCUGUUUGGCAGAAAAAUCAGAUUACCAUAAAGAAUUUUUUUUUUUUUUUUUUUUUUUAAAACAACAAAAAAAAACAUCAGUUUUGUGAAAAUGUAGCAGAUGAUCUCACUUGGUAUAAAGUCAUAAUCGCUUGUGCCAUGUUGCUCAGCACAACUCGUGUCUUUUCCCCAAGUGGUGUGUGUGUGUGUGUGUGUGUGUGUGUGUGUGUGUGUGUGUGUGUGUGUGUGUGUGUGUGUGUGUGUGUGUGUGUGUGUGUGUGUGUGUGUGUGUGUGUGUGUAAGUGUGUGUGUGUGUAAGUGUGUGUGCCAGUGUAUCACCUCAUGCUCUGCUAAAAGCAAUGCCAAAAAGUGUUUUAAUCCUGUGGGGUCUCGUUGUUUUGUUCCACGUC